AAGCAAUUUGUAUUAUGAUUGAUAUGACUGUCGACUGUCCAGUACGGAGAGUACUAACUACUAACUGACAAAUGAUUACUUUUUUAUUUAUUUUGUUUUGGUCAAGUUGUUCGCCAGUUAUUCAGUAUUAAUUCAUAAUUACGCAAAUGUAUGUUAAAGUUAAUAGUUAUUGGUAAAUAAUGAAUAAUGUCUGGUCUGUGUUCAAUAGCACUCAUUAUUUCUACUAUUAAAUUGUAUAAGCUUCCUAGCUAACUUUCUAGCUAUUGUUAGAUUCUUGAAAACUUGAAAGCUAUCGAAUAGAAUUAUGUGAAUUUUUGAUCUCUAAUUAUUUGAAAUUCUGUGUAAUUAAUUUACACACAAUUAAUAUUCAAAUUUUAAACCUCAGUAUCUAAGGAAAAUUCAGGAAGUCCAAAAUGAUAAAACAUUUUAGUAAGAAAUUUACACUAUAUUUAUUGUGUAUCAUUGGUUUAGUAUUUUUUUGUGAAUAUGGCAUUUUUUACGUGGUUUUAUCACAAUGUAAUUGGCCUUCUGAUAGUAACAUGACAUCAGAGCAACCAGUUAAAGUAAUGUUUUUAGCUGACACACAUUUACUUGGUACGAGGAAAGGACAUUGGCUUGAUAAAAUGAUACGAGAAUGGGAAAUGGGAUGUGCUUUUCAAACUGCUAUCAAAUUACAUAAACCAGAACUUAUUUUUAUUUUGGGUGAUUUAUUUGAUGAAGGAUUAUGGAGUAGUGAAAAAGAUUUCAACUCGUAUGUAGAAACAUUUAAAUAUUUGUUUUCAGUACCAUCAACUAUCCAAUUAUAUACUAUUGUUGGUAAUCAUGAUAUUGGUUUCCAUUAUAGCGUAACACCAUAUCUUGAAAAAAGGUUUAAUAAAGUUUUUAAUACUAGUCCAGUAGAAUUGAUCAGUAAACGUAAUGUUCAUUUUGUAUCAAUAAAUAGUAUGGCUAUGGAAAUGGAUGGAUGUUUUUUAUGUCAUGCUGCUAAAUUAAAAUUAAACAUCAUAUCUAAACGGUUAAAAUGUAGCCAAAAUAAAAAUAAAUGUUCAAAAACAAUGAUGCUAGAUGGAAAUUAUAGUAAACCCAUACUAUUACAACAUUUUCCUCUGUAUAGAAAAAAUGAUAUGGCGUGCAAUGAACCAGAUUCAGCUUCAUUAAAAGAAAAAGAAAAACCAUUUCGUGAAGGCUGGGAUUGUCUACACAAAGAUGCUACAGAAAAGUUAUUGAAAGUGGUACAGCCUCGACUUGUUUUUGGCGGACAUACUCAUCACGGUUGCCAUAUCCAACAUGAAAAUGGAGUUCAAGAAUAUAGUAUAUCUUCAUUUAACUGGAGAAAUAAAUAUAAUCCAAGUUAUAUGCUUGCAUUAUUUUCUAUGAAUAAUUAUUCCAUUGAAACCUGUCAUAUGCCUCGAGAACAUACAAUUAUAUUUAUUUACAUAACAUCAAUUAUAAUUUUUUUGUAUUUUAAAAUAUUAAAAUUUAAACAACCUUUUAUCAAUAAUAAUCACCAUCUAUUACAUCGUAAAAAUUUAAAUCAUUAA